AUGCACCAGUUACACAGCGCUUUUGGUCGCUUACAAGGCCAUCUGAACGAGUUAGGAGCUUACACGCGCUACCACGAGCGACUAUUAGAGCGGCUUAAAAAGCUACAAAACAAGUCUGAAGAGCACCAAGACGAACAAAUUCCAGCCUACGUACUUGAUCUUCUAGCUGGCCCAGCAGCAAAACUGGCCAAACAAGUCCAAGUGCUAACACAAAGGUCCGUAACAAUGAUACACGACGAAGCCCAGUUCUACAAGUGGAUUAACGGUCUUGUCCUCUCGCUCAAUAACAACAGUGAUUCGGCCUCCCAAGUAAAGCCAAUCACUUUAACUGAAAAUGUUCUUAACGUGGCGCUACGAACUCAAAUCCAAGAAGUUCAAACCCUCUUCAAGACUCAUGCUGAAGCCUUCCAACAAAUCGAGCAAGGUUAUAAACAGGAAUGGAAGAAAUGGACAUCUCGACAGAAAUCUCGAUCGAAAGUCCAGCAGAUGGAGACGAAAGUGGAGAGAUUCACUCACGACGUGCAGACUCGGGAGCUCAUUGACCCUCAGAAGCUGUUUCUUCAGUCACAACGCUCUUGGGAGGGUAUUAACACUAGUCACGUAAAGACCGGCGAGAAGCACAUCCACUUGGCCAAAAAAGAAGAGGUAGAUCGCCUGCAGACUCAAAUAGCGAGUGUUAUCGGCGAGAUCACACGAGAAUACUGUAAGCUGGAGCUGCGUUAA